GCUACAAGAAUGCAAUGUUUUUAAACCUAAAUACUGUUAGCCGGCGUGCUAACUAGCUCUAACUUCACACCUGUAUUUUUGGUUGACCUGCACAAACAUCACCACAGCCAGGUUCAUAGCACAUUAACAGCGAACUGCAGCUGUAGGGGAGACCCUGGCAUGCUAACACACUGUAACCCAGUGACUUGGCUUGUGUAACUUGUUUGCAUCACACCUUUAAAAUCGUCUCACGUUAACAAUGACACCAGACUCAGCUGUUGGAUAGCUUGCUGUUGGGUAAAAUGUCACAGCGUGGAAUGGAGCAAAGGUCAACAUUUUCUCUUACAUGCAAAUGGAAGCAUGUAGCACUUUAACUACAUUGUCAUAACCCUGUUAAAUGGUUCAUACUCACCAUUUCAGUAUUCCCUCGAAUGGGGAGGCCGACAGGUUGAGAGGAUACCACAGUGUUAUACCACAAGUUUUCAACCCCCAACUGCGCGGUUUGUUUGUUCUGUUUCAAGUAGGAAGUCUGCAGCUUUUCAAGUGAAAACAAAUCCUCACAUGGUGGUUUGACAGAGCACAAAAGUUACACUCUGCAUCAAAGAGUGGUCCAUAAAACCAGCUGACACAAUGGUUGCGGAUGACACAGCUGGAAGUGGGGACAGAUCAGACGGGGAGAAAGACAUGGACCUGAAGUUGCCUGCAUCUGAAGACGGAGACGUAGACAUGGCUGUUUCUGCUUCUGAGGGCCUGUCUCCCUCCGAGGGUCCCCCAGAGGAAGUCAGGGAGCCCAGAAAGUGGAAGUGGGCUGUGAUAUUCUUGUGUUUCUAUGGGUUUAUGUCAUCGAUAAAGCCUGGGGAGCCCUUCAUCACGCCAUAUCUGCUCAGCUCUGAGAAGAACUUCACCAGGGAACAGGUGACCAAUGAGAUCACUCCCGUGCUGACAUACUCCUACAUGGUUGUGCUGGUGCCAGCCUUCCUACUGACGGAUCUUCUGCGCUACAAACCGGUGCUGAUCAUCCAGGGUAUCAGCCAGGUGGUCAUCUGGCUCAUUCUGCUCCUGGGCACCACCCUCCUCGAGAUGCAGUUCAUGGAGUUCUUCUACGGCAUCACCAUGGCCUGCCGCGUUGCCUACUCCUCCUACAUCUUCUCCCUCGUCAGUCCAGUCCUCUACCAGCGCGUGGCUGGGUACUCGCGCUCCUCAGUCCUCUUGGGGGUGUUCACCAGCUCUGUGGUGGGCCAGCUCUGCAUGUCUCUGGGCAACAUCCGCUUCUACACCCUCAAUGCUAUAUCUUUGGGUUUCGUCAGCUUUGGUCUGGUGCUCUCACUGUGCCUCCCUUGGCCUAAACGCUCCCUGUUUUUCAACCGGAUGUGGAAUAAGGAGCCAAAGGAACUGGCAGCAGAAGCCAGCAGGUCCGAACUGGACAAAAUUAACCCAGCGCCAUCCUCGGCAGCCCCACCGUGCACUGCAUCACGCUGGAAGGAUUCUGUUAUGGUGCAGAUGCUGCUUGAGGUGAGAAACGUUGUGAGGAGGCCCAACCUGAGGCUCUGGUCCCUGUGGUGGGUGUUCAACUCCACAGGGUACUACCUGGUGCUGUUCUACGUUCACAUCUUGUGGAACAAAGUCGAGAACAAGCAUGUUUACAACGGGGGAGUGGAGGCAGCUUCUACCUUGCUAAGUGCGGUGACGUCCUUCAUCGCUGGCUAUGUGAAAAUUCGGUGGAACGUCUGGUCCGAGCUGGUGAUCGGUGUGAUCACAGCGCUGCAGGCAGGUCUGCUGCUCCUCAUGUACACCACAAACAGCAUCUGGGUCUGCUACGUGUCCUACGUCCUCUUCAGAGGCUUCUACCAGUUUCUGGUGCCUAUUGCCACUUUCCAGAUUGCGUCGUCCCUCACCAAGGAGCUCUGUGCCUUGGUAUUUGGCAUCAACACCUUUUUGGGGACCAUACUGAAGAGUAUCAUCAUCCUUAUAUUUGUUGACAAGAGAGGCCUGGCAUUCGACGUUCACGCUCAGUUCCUGGUGUACUUCAUUUACUUCACCAUUCUCACCUUCAUCUACGUUGUCUGCGCUGCUGUGGUCUUAAUCGGUCACUAUAGAAACAAGCCCACGGAAGGAGGCGGGACCAACGAACAGGCCACGCCCACUGAGCUGCACCCUGUGGCUGCAAAUUCAGUGGCAGAAACUUUAUCUAAUGGCAAUAACGUCAACGCAUAAUGUCAAGAAACAUGUCGGUCCAGCUGAACAUUAUCUUUUGUAGAGCCCGCUUUUUGUGAAUACGCCCUUCAGACUCAGCGGGAUCAAUCAUUUCAACGCUCUUCUGUUGCUGGAGUGGCUUGUUCGGUGUUAGCUGCUGAGCCUUAAUCAUAGAAGUGCCUCGUCUGCUACCUAAAGCUCCUGCACUAUACCAGUCAGACUGCUGGUGUCUUGUGUCUGACGUCUCAAUGUAAAGUAAAUUCUACUUUUUUUUAUUUAAUACGAAGCACUAUGUACUAUGCUUUCACAUUGUGGCAAAUCAUCUUCAACACAAAGACGGGACCAUUAAUGUAAUGGCCAGAAUUGAGCCUUUUUUUGUGUAUUUUGUACAGGAAACAGGAGAAUUAGUUGUAACAUGCCGAACUGUCCUGUUUCAGUGACGGUGAGGUUCAUGAUUACUAUGUGAUCACUAAAUAUUACAUUAAAAUAGUCUGCAGCUUUGAAAGACAUCACACAUUUUAUUUUUCUCAUUGACACUCCUAUUAUAUCUAAUGUUACACCCACCUCCAUGAUUACGUUAUUUCAAAAUUGACCAUAUCAGUAUACUUGCAUUUUAGAUACGGUUUACCUUUCUGUAUGAAUAAUCACAUCACACUGUUAUAUAAUCAGAAGAUAAAGGGUAUCUAAUUCCCUUGUAUCAGUUUAUUUGAAGCUGUAAACUGCAGAUUUUAUGCAGUAUGUUAAAUUAUAUUACUGUAUUAAUGCUGUUAAAACAGGCUACAGAAUGUGUUUAUAAUCAUUUGAGAAAGUAAUGUUUAGAAAUAUUUUCACACUAAUAUAGACUUAUUUGUUUAAAGACACAACUGAAUUUCAUUAUUAGAAAUGUGAUAUUUCUUCUUAGUGUUUUCAGCAGUACGUCGGGUGCAGAUACUGCCUGAUAGGUGGAAAACAAAGCACCAGUUGAUAUCAUUGCUGCUAAUUCGGCGCCUGUGACUCUACGUACCGUUUCGACAAAGGAGGACUUCGACCCCUAAAACCUGGUUGUUUUUAUUUUAGGUUCAAGUACGGCUGUUUUUACAUUGAUCAAAAACUGCAGGAAGCAUAUGACCUGCAGAGAAUAUAGGAACGCAGUGUUAUGUGAUGCAGCAGUGCAAACAUUCAGCAGGUUUUUAAAUGUCCAUUUGCUUCCUUUAAAAGCAGAUGUGGCCUUUAUUUAUAUUUUGAAUAAAAAGGAUCUUUCUUACAAUAUAUAGGAACAACAGUAGGAGUUUUGAGUUGGAUUGUACUUACAUUCAGAAUGUAUAGAUAUUUUUUACAUUUUUGAUUGAAAUAAUUGCUGAGAAAUAACUGUGAACCUGUCUGAAUGCUGUAAAAAAGAAAACACACUAAUAAUAUGUUUAUUUUUUUAUUCACAAAUAAAUUACAUUUGGUGGAUAAAAAGUUUGAUGCUUUUUUGGAGUCAGUACUAAACCAUCAUGUUCAUUACUUAAGUAUGAAAGUUUAAGUGCCUUGCUCAGUGACCUCGAAAUCAGUCCUUAUUUGUGGAGAACAAGUUAAAGAUAUGUUGAUUUUAUCCCUUAAAGCCUAAGAAUGUCUUCUUUUGUCAAUUUGUCACAGUUUUUGUUUCUUAUAUAUAUUUGUAUGUCUUGUUAUAAUUUAUUGAUUUGAAACAUUUUGGAGCUCUGAAGAGGAAAAAAAAAUCCAAUAUUUUACAAUGUAAUAGGGUGUGUUUCUCAAAGAGGGCAUCAAAUCAUCAGCAGAGAAAAUUACUUGUUUUUGGAACAUGAAAACAAAACAUUGCAGAUGCCAUUGCAAAAAAGAACCAUACAUUAAAUAUACCAUAUGUUCAUAUUAAAGCCUCCACUUCACUGUGCACAAUGAUGUAUGUGCAGAGGUUGACACUAGAAAGAUGUUUUUACAUUCAUCUGCAAAAAUUGGAAAGUUUCUCUGUGCUCAUUGAAAAUCUGAUUGUAAUGAGCAUGAUUUGUGUAAGUUAGAUUUUUUCAGAAUUGUUGGUGGAAAAAACAUAUUCGACACAUUAUUGUUUGAAGCAGACUAUUAGUAUAUAUGUCUUAAUAAACGUCUGUAGAUCAUUUCCAUGAAGGUAAAAUGUGAUGAUAAAUUGUUGAUCUUUAAGGGGUUUUGUGGCUGAAGUCCUAUUUGAUUUAAAUGUUAUGUUGAUUUACAACCUACUGUUUAGUAUCAACUGCACAGUUCUCUUUAGCACACAAUUAUACAACUAAUUAGUAUUUUAGAUGCUACUACCUGUGAGGUACUAGGUUUAUAGACAAUGGGUUUGUAAAUGUGACUUGUUUUGUCAGCUGUAGUUGCUGCUCACAGCACGAAGAGACCUUUGAUUCUUAUGUUUUUCUGCAUUUCUUUUUUUUUUUUUUUUUUACAUUGUUUAUACAGCUGAACUCGGUGAUGUGAUGAAACUCCUCUGGGCUUCUAGCCUGAGAGCAUGUUCAAGAACUGGUUUCUCCUCCUCAUGGAAAUCCUGUGUUUAACUGUCUACAGAUCCAAUAUUCAAGGAACAGGAAACGUCUGUCAGGCAGAGUAAUUAAGUGAGACCUGUAUUGAGUUGUUUGCUGCUGGACAGUCAGUGGUCUUGCCCUUUAGCCCUGAAGUCCUUUCAGUAAGCAGUGACUCAGCAGUUCACCCAGACAGUCAGUCAUUCAGUGUUGCAUUUACACCAGAUGCAUCAUUCAGUGUUAAAUUGACAUUGUAUAAGUGUGAACCUUUGUUCAGUUUGUUACAUUCAACAAUAAAUUGGCAGUAAUUUGA